GAGAGCGCCCUGCCCGCCGGGGAACGGCGGGCCUCGGCCAGCACCCGGGCGCGGCGGCUCCAACCGCCGGCCUCGGCGCGCAGGGCUGCACCAACGGUUUCAACGGCCGCCGCCGCUCCCCCAAGUGCCCCCUCAGCAGGAAACACCCCCAUCCCACCGCGGGGGAAGCAAGAGACGGGAACGCCGAGCCCCGACAGAAAACCCGCGGCGCGCCCACCCCUUCCGGCACCGCCCGGCCGCGCGUCCCGAGCAACGGCGGACGGUUUACCUCAGCAACGCCACGGCCCGCGGGCGGCGGCCGUUCCCGCGUGGCGAGCGGAGCCGGCGGCGAGUGGAGGGGCGGUUGGGUGCCCCCGGGCCGGGCAGGGCUAUGGCCCAGCCUCCCGAGGAGUCCCCGGCGGAGGGUGUCCCGCGGGAAGGCCUCGGGGAGCACUUGGAGAGCGGAGGCAGCCCCGGCCGGCCCGAGCCGUACACUUCCCGCCCGCCUCAGUGGGGCCCCGGGCAGCCACCUUUUGAGGGCUUCGAGUCUGAACGAGACCCUUAUCAGCCUCAGCAGUCGGAACCAGGAUCAGUUUCCUAUCAAUACCAGGGGGUAAGGCGAAGGAGUCAGCCACAAGGACCUGACCAAGACCCCUACCAAGCACAAGACCAAAGAGGACGUGUCAGCCAGACCCAUGCACCAGGAGAAGCACUGUAUCAAUCACGGACCCCAAUUCAACACCUGUACGAUCCACAGAGAGCAGAACAAGCCUCUUACAAGCUACAAGUGCCAGCAGUAGACAUCAGCCAGAGAUCCACACUGGUACAAGACUCUCAUCAAGUACCCGAGGCAAGGCAAAGCAUGUAUCAGUCAUAUGCGCUAGGAUUAGACCCUUUCCAAACACAGGAAUCAAAAAUUGCCUAUCAGACAUACGCAGUAGGACAAGAUCCCUAUCAAGCCUAUGAACAUGGGCAUGGCCCCUCUCAGCCACAUGAACCAGGUUAUGGUCUUUAUCAGCCAGGAUACAAUCCAUAUGAUGAUCAGAUACCCCAUCCCAAAUCCCGAAUGCUGGCAGUUGAGAAUGCAAAAGCCUAUUUACUGAAGAGCAGCACAACAUCUGGCCUGAACUUAUAUGAUCAUCUUGCUAAUAUGCUUACAAAGAUCCUGGAUGAACAGCCCAAAAAUGCAGUAGACAUAAUUGAGAAUAUCAGCAAGGAUGUGAAGUGGGCUCACUUUUGGAAAAAAAUGGACACUCUUCGAGAUGAACAUGAGAUUCUUCCAACAUUUGAAGCUGCAGAAAAGCAUAAAGCUUUGUUCCUCAAGGCAAAUGGAGAAGGAGAUGAAGAACUAGAAGAAGAGAUAGGAGAGACCCCUCUACCUAAUGUGAUGGAAACAGCCUUUUAUUUUGAACAGGCUGGUAUUGGCUUGAGCAAAGACGAAUCCUAUCACAUAUUCCUUGCCCUUAAAAAACUAAUUAGGGUUCAGCCAAUCCAGAUCUGUCGCUUUUGGGGCAAAAUUUUGGGCCUGGAGAUGAACUAUAUUAUUGCUGAAGUACAGUACCAUGAAGGGGAAGAGGAAGAGGAAACAGAAGAGGAAGAAGUUAUUGAGGAAGGAGGGAAAGAGAUAGGUGAAGUCGAAGAUGAAAAUGAGAAUGAAAAAGAAGACAAACCACCAAAGUCCACCUAUAAGCCCCCACCUGUCAUCCCAAAAGAAGAAAAUGGGACUGGGGCUAAUAAAUAUGUCUACUUUGUCUGUAAUGAGCCAGGCAAGCCCUGGGUGAAGUUGCCUCCAGUGACACCAGCUCAGAUUGUCUGUGCCCGGAAAAUCAAGAAGUUCUUCACUGGUAGGCUGGAUGCUCCUGUUGUGAGCUUUCCUCCUUUCCCUGGAAAUGAGGCCAAUUACCUGCGUGCACAGAUAGCUCGGAUCUCAGCAGGAACCCAGGUCUCUCCCAUUGGAUUUUACCAGUUUGCAGAGGAGGAAGGAGAGGAAGAGGAGGAGGGGGGAGGGGGAAGAGACACAUAUGAAGAAAACCCUGAUUUUCAGCCUCUUCCUGUGACUGAAAUGGUGGAUUCUCUCUCCACAUGGGUACACCAUGUACAGAGUAUUCUAAAGCAGGGUCGCUGUGUUUGGCUUAAUCCUUUUCAAAAAUCAGAGGAGGAAGAAGAAGAAGAAGAGGAAGAAGAGGAGAAAGCAGAGGAUCCAGAUGAUCUACAGCAAGAAAUAGGACCUCCUCUUCUCACUCCACUCUCUGAAGAUGAAGGAAUUCAAAACAUCCCUGCCUGGACAGCUCAGCCUUCUACAAACCUGAUCCCGCAACACGCUGUUGCAGUCCUCCAGUCUAACCGAUGGCCCGGAGCAUAUGCCUUUGCAUCUGGCAGGAAAUUUGAUAACAUCUACUUUGGCUGGGGUCACAAAUACAGUCCAGAGAACCACACUCCCACACUGCCUCCACCAGCGCAAGCAGAAUACCUCAGUGGGCCAGAAAUCACCGAGACAAGAGACCCCACUCUGGAAGAGGAACUGGCUUUCAAGGCUGCGAAGGAAGCAGCCUUAGCUGCAGCUGAGGAAGAUGAGGAAGAGGAUGAGGAGGAUGAGGAUGAGGAUUAAAAUAUGGGGAACAUAUAUUUUUAAAGUUCAGACGUUAAUAGAAUCUUCAAGAAGUAGUCAUUCAUUAGUUGACCUUAAAAGAAAUGCAAUUGGAGCAUGCCGCCUUCUUUGGCUUUCCAUGGGCUCUCCUUUGCCUUCCCACUGCGCUGGGGUGAAGGCUGCAUCACUUUCAAUGGAGAACACCCCAACGAAGUAGCCCGUUUUUAGAAGGGUAGGCAAACAUAGCCUGCUUCUGUGUCCUAAAAUAAUAGUGCUUUAAACUAAUUAACUGCCAUCCACCAAACGUUCACGCUGUUUUUCUAACUCGCACUUCAAUACCUAUAUAAAUUUUACUCAAAAAAAAAAUUAAAUGAACUUAAUUACA